AAUGCAACGCUCUCUUACUCAACUACGCUCUUUCAAACUGAGUUGGUUAAAACCUGGUAUACAUAGAGGUGCAUGCAAUUUCCCACCCAGUGACUUGUCAGAUAUGAGAAAGAGCUAUAGAUCUGCUGAUGACACUUUAUCCGUAGACCAAUUUGUUUCCACUGAUCCUUUUCAACAGUUUAAUAGCUGGUUUAAAGAAGCGGCUAAAUGUCCAAAAAUUUAUGAGGCAAAUACAAUGUGCCUCUCAACUUGUAGCCUAAAUGGUAAACCAUCUUCCCGCAUACUUCUACUAAAGGGUAUAGACCAUAGAGGUUUUCUAUUUUAUACGAAUUAUGAAAGUAGAAAAGCUCAAGAAUUGGAGGAAAAUCCCAAAGCAAGUCUAUGCUUCUAUUGGGACGCCUUAAUGCGAUCGGUCAGAGUAGAUGGUGAGGUUGAGAAACUUGACAAGAAUACAUCGGAAAAGUAUUUUCAAAGCAGGCCUAAAGAUAGCCAAAUAUCAGUUUACGUAAGUGAAAAACAAAGUUUACCUGUUGAAAGUCGACAAUUAUUAGAGUUACGAAGAAAUGAGUUGAAUAAACGAUUUGAAAAGAUUGAUACAUUACCCAAGCCCGAUUACUGGGGAGGAUACAGAUUAGUACCUAAAGAGUUUGAAUUCUGGCAAGGUCAAACGGACCGUCUGCACGAUCGAUUUGUUUUUAGACUUUCCAAAGUUGGAUGGAAAAUUCAACGUCUUUUUCCUUAG